AUGCUUCACUCCCGGCGCCGCAUCGCCCAGUUCCGGAAUGCUGUGACAUACCUUAUGAUUUCACUUCAAUCGAGGUUGCAGCGCAAAGAGAUGCGUCCCGAAGACGCCACCGCUAUCAUGGAGAGUCUCAUGCGCGAGUGCGUGGACCUACGUCAGGGUGACAUGGCCCACCUUCUCUUUCGCGCUGCUAUUCGGUUUCGCAAGUACGGGGUGACGAUCACUUUCCCCUUUGUGAGGUAUCUAUACGAGUCCUACAAGCGCGAAAGCGCCAAGGAGCUGAUGCGCAGCAUGGCCGAGGAACUGAAGGCGCACGACGAGAUGAAGGUGAUGGCGGUACUGGCAUAUCAAUUCAGUGGUCAACGAGAAGAAAGCGUCGCCUUGUGGGAGUCAAUCCCGAAAGAGAAGAUCACCACAAACGAUUACUGCGCCGUUCUGGAGGGCAUGGGGAUGACAGGUUACUUCAAGGACGUUGUCGACUUUGCCAAGCGAGUGAUUGAGGACGUCAUCGCAAAGCGGAAGGACGACAUCGACCUGAACGCUAUGGUAUCGCACGCGGCGAUUGCGAGUCGUGGCAGCAAUGCCGCGCUGUACUCUGUUGUCCGCCUUGCUAAGGACUAUGAGCUCACACUCUCCGACCCCGCUGUCGGCGCCCUUGUGCGAUCACGGCUUCAGGAAAGCAGCGUGACGUCGAUGGCGGAGGUAUACAGAGUCGAGGCAGCAUUGUGUGCCGAGCUCAACCGCGUAUCGCUUGGAAUGGCGGGCGACUCGGCUGUCAUCGCAAAGGCCAGCGAGCUUAUGGCGCGUAGCCAUGAAACCGGCGAUGUCGUGAUGCUGGAAAAGGUGCAGCACCUCCGCCGCAUGGUGGAGGACGCCAUCGCGAACGAGACAAUGGACGACCUCGACCCCCUCUUCGCGUCGUCGCUGCUUCGCGGUUUGGGGGUUUUGGGGCGAUUUGAAGAGAUGCGCAAAGCCUUUGACAUGCUCGACAAGGCGGGUGUCGUAAAGGACCACAAACUCUACGAUGAGAUGCUGAGGUGGUACGCUCACGCGUACAAUCUGCGCGACGUCGUCGCCUUGAAGGAGGAAAUGACCCGCAAAGAGGUGUAUCACACGACGCAAACAUACCUAAACGUUUUUCGUGUUCUCGGCCGCUACUAUCCCCGACUCGUGGAGAAGUACCUGACGGAGAUGCGCGGCAGGGGCAUGCAGGUAGACGGCUCCAUGUACCCGACGCUGGUACGCGUCUUUCACGCGCUCAGCGACCACGCCAAGGUGGAGGAGCUCUUCCGAGAGGCAAAGCAGAAGGCGGCAAAGGGCGCCACGUACAACAUGAGCCCAGCGCUCAUCGUGCAAAUGCUCCGCUGCUAUCCAAAGGACAUUGUCCGUAGCGAUGCGAUCGUGCAAGAUGCUGAGCAGUGCGGCCUCCUCGCCAACGAGGCAGUGCAAGCAGAGGUACUGAAUCACUACGCAAUGAAUGACCGCACUGACGCGAUGCAGGCCUUCAUGGCUCGGCUACCGCACAAGACAGCGAAUGUGUACUGCGUGCUGCUGCGCAAUGCAACGCAGCACCGCGACCGCACGCAGUUCAACGCCGUCUUGAGGGAGAUGGAGGCGAAGCAGGUGCCGCUGACUGAGCGCCUCUUCAGUGUCAUUGUCACUUCGCUGGCGUACUUCCAGGACAUCGAAGGAGUGCGUGACUAUGUGCACAGGGCGCUAACGAGCAACCAGAUUCACACGCCGCUCUUCUUUGCCGAUAUGGCGUCGGCGUUCGAGAGGCUCGGCGACGUGGACGCGGUGGAUCAGUGCUGGGCAGACCUCCUCAAAAGUAAAAUGACUCUGACGAUGCCGGUGUACAACCGCUUUCUGGACGUGUACAUGACGCUCAACAACAUGGCGAAGGUGCAGGAAAUAUUAGACACCAUGAUGAAGCUGGUGCCACCGAAUCCAGUGACUGCCACGACGGUCGUGGACAUGCUGGGUAAGAUGGGGCGACUCACCGAGAUGGAGGCGAUCCUCGAUGAAAUGUCCAAGUCGACCAACGCCGUGCCAACGCUGGUCACGUACCAUCAGGCGAUGAAUGCCUACGCAAAGUGUGGGGACGUUGCAAAGAUGGAGACGGUGCGCGAAAAGCUAAAGCGUGAAGGCUUUCACGAGAAUGCAGUGACGUACAACAUUUUGUUCGAGGGCUACGGCCGGGCAAAGCGGUUCGAGCACCUGCUGGAGCUUGUCGAGGAGCGCAAGGAACGUGGGAUUCCGAUGGAGGAGUUUGGCUACGUUGUGCUGCUCAACACAUACGCCCGGGCCCGUAUGCCAACCGAGGCCGAGGCACUCGUGGAUGAGAUGGUGAGCGGCAGCAACGUUGUCUUGAGCAGUCGGUUGCUUGCCACCGUCGCCUCCACUUUCAGCCAAAUUGGCAACGUGGAGCAGAUGCAGCGGUACAUCUCGCUGCUUCUUUCACACCCUGAGUGCCGACUGCGCGAUGUGGAGUCGGUGUACAGCAUCUACGCGCGCCUGCGAGACACCGUCAAGCUGCAGGAGUUGCUGGACACUGUAAAGCUACCGAAGUCCGCCUUUAUUUACAACGCCUGCGUCAGUGCCUUUGCCCGCGCCGGCGAGCAUGCGAAAGUUGCGUUUCUUUUGGCCGAGAUGGAGAGGCAGGGGUUUGCCCUGAGUCGCAACACAAGCAUCAUUCUGAGUAGUUUGCUGCUCAAAGCGGGCAAACUCGAGUUGGCACAAACAGUGCUGAAGUGGAAAGGGCUGACCACGGCAGACGUCGAGUCGGACAGUAUCGCGGAUGCUAGUGGCGCAGCGACUUCUUCGUCGUCAGCGCAUGGUGGUACUUCUGCGCGCCUAUCGUCAGAUGUGGAUGAGGAAGUAAACGCUGAAGCAAUGGACCUUUUGGUACGAGACAUGGAGGACCACAUGUUCGGCAACGCUCGCGAAGACGAGAGCGACGAGUCUAUGUGCAGGUGA